AUCAACAGGGAUUGCAAGAUCAUGGACACGCCGGUCGCUGACAUUGUGAUUGGCGAGGGCUGCAAUAUUGGGCCCAAUUGUGUGAUUGUUGGGGUUAAACGUAAGUGGCGGCUACCAUGACGCUCCCGUGAGGGAAAGAUUCAUUCGAACCGUGAUGCUUCCCACAAACCAAGGAUCCCCUGCGGCUGGACGAACGCCUCAAGAGACACAGCAUCGGCCAGCCCGUUACAAUCGGGAACAAUGUCUGGAUCGGCGCCAACGUGACCAUCCUUUGCUCGACGACAUCGACAUCAACAUCAACGGCGAGUUCCCCGGGGCGGCGGCGACUACGGCGACGAGGUCCGCUGAGACGCUGGCCGAGGCCAUGGCGUUGGGGAACCGGCUACCCAUGAUGCAAUCCCACCACCACACCCUGACGUCGUGCGCCGGGGCCAGGCAAAGGCGGCGACGACAACAACAACGGCUUAAACAUCCGCAGGACCUCCUGGACGAUUUGCAAGUGGGAAACCUGGACCUGGACUUGAACGGGAACGGACAAGAGGAAGAAGACCUCGGUCUGGAUGAUGAUGAUGACGACAUCGGUUUCGCACCGCUCCUGAGGUCUGCUGUCUUAUGUCCAGGUCACCGUCCGAUCGAGCAUGGUAUUAUCCAACCCGAACGGCGGCGGCAUGCAAGAGGCGGUUGUGAGCGCGGUCAGGGGCAAGAGCGGCGGCAGCAGCAGCAGCAGCAGCAGCAGCGCAGCGGAACGUUUAGAAGGCCUGAGAUGGAGGCGGUUGCGGCCGUGGUGACGGUCGUGGUGGGGAUGUUGGUCGCGUUUUUCUUUGCUGGGCUCUACCUGGGCAGCAAGCACCCUCCGCGGAUGGCUGUUUGAGGUGAUUAUAUUUAACUGGGCGGCGAUACAAUCCGAGUCCUUUGAGGGCUCUUCAGUCCGCUAGGAUACUGUAUCGACUGUGAGCAGUGGUGCGUGGUGCGUGGUCAGUUGUUACAACGGGAUCUGGGAUGCUAAGUCACUAAUACCUUAACCCCUGUACCGGGAUAUAUAAUAAAUGGGCUGUCUAAAGUGCGGCGUUUUUUCAAUGGACUUUGCGGGCCGCAGGCGAGCUGGCAGGGAAAACAAGGGUGGAUGGUACUAGGGCUGUUUGAGGUACAAGUACAUCCUUGGCCGGGGCAAAAACAAGGCGUAACGGGGCUUACUCUUCUCCAUUCCUAACAUUGAGGGCAGGUUCCCUACUUUCCUGUACAUCUAGACGCUUCUUCAAGUUGAUUCUGGUUCUAAAUUCCAUCCAAUUCA